CUUCACAAUCUUUGCGCAGCCACUGGGCACAGUGUACUUUCGGUUUGCCCCCGACUCCCACGUGACGGUCCCAGCAUCGUCCACUUUGAUGAAUUUGUAUUCGAAGCUCGUACCGGCAGGCAGAUCGACACUGCCUGACCACAUUGGAUUGGCUGAGCUGUAGUCCUUGGCCGAUAGCGCAACCGCAGAGGCAGUGUUCCAACUUCCCAAUUGUGCGAUGCUGCCGACCAUCUUCACUGUUUGACCGAAAGCCGUGCUAGUUUUGGAGUUGAAUGUCACACCGACCGUCGCCACGGGUGAGGCACACGAUGUCCCUGUUGGAGCUGGGCUUCCGGUCGUGGUCGAAGGCGGUGCAGGGCUGGAGUUUCCAGUUCCCGAGAUGGCGAUAUCAGCGCAUGUCAAAUAUACCUGCGGUGUCUGAAACGAAUUCCACUUGAACGAGAGUAGCCAAUGCUUGUAUAGCAUGAGUUCAGAGGCGCAUCAUCCACACCUCUGCACUUCCCGCCAUUGAACCCCUCGCAGGUGAACCAGUCGUUCCUCCAGCAAGGUUGACCUUCUUGACAAUCCUCGCUGUAUCCGCAAGUCUGCCCGUCGACAGCCGUGCACGGAAGCGUGCCGGCCUCGAAACAGUCCUCGGCAGCUUGUUUCUCAGCUUCGGUAGGAACGUAGCUGGCAUCUAGGAACUUGUCGACAAGUGCUUGGUCCUGACAGAUGCGGUAUGCAAACAUCCCGCCAUGAUCUCCGUUGUUGUCCACACACCACUGCACGUCGACCACAUCGCCGCCCUUGUAGUUUAUGACGGGCUCUGAUCCCCAACGAGGACCCGGUUGGUUGUAGUCGACACUGACACGGGCGUUGUAACCACACGGUCCACUGCGACCCACUUUCGCUUCGUCGAGAUCCGGCCAUGCAUUCACGGGUUCGAGAAUCGUGCAUUCCGGGCAAGUGUCAGCUCCAGCCUGAGA